GACAAGGGCGCAAAGUACGUUUGGUGCGGUACUUGUAUGGUUGAGGAAGGAGCUAAAAGUAGCGUUUCAGAUUUCAUUCUUUAAGUGAAGAGGCUAUGAUUCGACAGCUGAUUCAUUUGGGAGGGAGGCAGCUUAAAUCAGGUGUGCCCAUUUGUUCAGUAAACAGUUAUGGAAAAAUCAAUUCGGCUGUUAUAUUUUCGUCCAUUGAUUCUCACCGUGUUCAAUUCCAAGGAUUUCGUCAUUUUUUUUCUACCGAAUCAAGUGGUCAGAGAGACUUUGGUGGCACUGAGGUUUCUUCAGUCGCAUUAGAUUCGAAUCUAAAGGCUCGGGUUUUGGAAUCUACCUUAGCCUAUGUCUCAAAAUAUGGCUGGUCACGUGAGGCAGUGGAAGCUUGUUGCCAAGUUGAAGGCUUGCCACCAGGGCUGCAUUCUUAUGUAGCACCUAAGGGUGGUAUUGAUAUAGUUUUGCAUUUUUACGCUACUCGUAAUCAACAUUUGGCUGAAGCAAUGCAACAAUGGAGAACUCGUGAUGUUACUAAUAAUAGUGAAAUAAAUCAAUCCAAAUCCCCUUUGUCGUCCUCCCCAUCUACAGCUGCUGAGGUAGAUGAAUUUUUAUACCGUGCCUUGGAGUAUCGAUUGAAAGCCAUUGUACCAUACUUGGAUGUAUGGCCUCAAGCUUUAGGGUUGUUAUCCUUACCGACAAAUAUUCCUUCUUCUAUUGGUAUGUUAGCUCAGCUUGUUGAUGAAAUAUGGGCUCAGGCAGGUGAUCGUUCGACUGAUAUGUCAUGGUACGCUAAACGUUUAGGUUUGGCUUAUGUAUACAACUUGACUGAAUUAUAUAUGCUGCAGGAUAAAUCUCCAGAGCUUGUUGAAUCUUGGGUAUUCUUGCGUAGACGAAUAGAAGAUUUACGAUCAGUUAAACAGAUGAAUUUGAAAGCAGCAGCGAGUAUGCUUAGCAAUGGUGUUUUGGCUUUUGGGAAUGUUACAUGUAACAUUCUUGGAUGGAAUCGUAACCACUAGAAGCAUUUUGUGAUAGCUUCUUGUAUCCUAGAAGCUCUUGGAGACUACCUUUGCUUUGUUUGUGCUGUCGAAUUGCGUCUCUUGAAAAUCUGUCAGUGUGCUGAGAUUUUUGUAGAUAAUAGUCUCCUAUUGAAUUAUAUGUAUAUUUUGUACGAGUUUCUCUUUUCCCCUGAAUAAAUAACUCCCGCUUGUCAAUGACUUCUACUUGUUUGUUACAUUUUACAUUAUGAAAUAUUAUUAAUAAGUGUGUCUUUUUCAUUAUAGGAUUCUUCAACUUUAUAUUAAACGCGUAUGAAUGGCAUCAGCUUUCCGUAGUGCUGCCUGGGAUCCAAUUCUGAUAAUCAGUCAAAUAGUAUUUAUGCAAUGCGUCUUUUAUAUUUCUUCUGGUUUAAUUUCUGGCAUUCUAUUGCUCAUUUUUUCACGUGAUCUGCCGAGCAUAGAAAUGCUUUUUGUAGAUUCAAAAAUACACUUCCCAGACCCUGUUGGAAUUUGUCUUUUUACUGGUUUCCUAUUAACACCUCUAGCAUGCAGUAUAGGCCUAUGGCGACUAGUUAAACGCAGUAAACAGUGUCUUGACUUCUCGUGUACAAUUCACUUUUGGCACUUAAUUUUUUGUAUCGCUUAUUCACAUACAUUUCCACGUUCUGUUCUAUGGUGGAUCGUCAAUCUGGUUUCUAUUGGUUUUAUGACAGUCAUGAGUGAAUUCCUCUGCAUGAAGUCAGAAAUGGCAAUAAUUCCGUUGGGAACAACAUUUUCCAGUUAGUAGUAAAGUGUGUUCUAUCCAGAUAUAUUCUAUAUAAAUAUAUUUAUUUAUUUCCUUUACUUGAAUUUUGUUAUUUCUUACCUUUAUGAUUAUUUAUAUAUUUUCUUUAUUUUUGACUUACGCGAUGUGAAAUGAUGGUGUAAAUUUUAAAAUGAAAUGCAAAUGUGAUUUUGUCCUUUGUUUUCUGUAUCCAUGUAUUUAUUGUUUUUAAAGUUUAACUACAAAGAUCAAUUUUAUCAUUGUGAAUGGCGGCUUUUAAAAAUGUUGUUUUCUUCUUCAUAAGAUAGAGCAAAAUCAUUUUUAUUGUGAUAAAUCUCAAUAAAUCUUCUGAUUCUACUUA